AUGGCUGGUGGACAGGAAAACCGCUCUCACUUUCCUUUGGUGCCUCAGCGGGAUGGGAGUGGGAGGCGGAAAAGGCAGCCAGCGCUGACUGGUGCAGUCACCCAGGAAGUGUUGGCGCUGAAGCUGCCCCCGGAGCCCUGGCUGUGCUGCUUUACAGGCCCUGAGCCACUGCUCAGCCAUGACCUCGGUGCACGGAAUCCUCAGCUUUCAACGCUCCUCAGGAUGGCUGAGCCUGGGGUCUCUGUCAAGUCCCUGGUGUCAGCUUCUGAGACCCGAGUAGUGAGAACAGCUCUGGGGCCGCCCCGAAAAAGGGGCUGUGUCUCCUCUCCUUGCUCGCCACGGGGAGCAUCCCCUAUCCGAGGGGCACCAGGGCCGCCACACCACCGGGGCCUUGGGGGGCCUGGGCAGCGGCCCUCGGCCUGCAGAGGGGUGGACAAAACCCUGCUGCCCCUGAUUCUCUACUGUCACAGUGGCUCCAGCAUGCUGACCGGCAUUGACAACAAGAUCGAACAAGCCAUGGAUCUGGUGAAAUCCCACCUCAUGUUUGCGGUCCGGGAGGAGGUGGAGGUGCUGAAGGAGCAGAUCCGGGACUUGGCGGAGCGCAACGCGGCGCUAGAGCAAGAGAACCGCCUGCUGCGCACCCUGGCCAGCCCGGAACAGCUGGCCCAGCUGCCCUCCUCGGGGCUCCCCCGCCUCGGGCCCCCUGCACCCAACGGCCCCUCCAUCUGAGCCUCCUGUGCCUCACAAUGUGCCUUUGGGGCUGCCAUGGCCGCAGGGCCUUGUGCCAGCUGCCUGCCCCCUCUUCCUAUGCAGCU